AUGGCUGAGGGCGAAGAUUCUCUACCAAAGACUUCUCGAAUCAAAACUUAUCAUUGCUUAUGCACUACUCUCAUCCUCUCCACUCCACAAGAACUCGAAGUCCUCCCUCGCCGGAUUGAACCCGUGCAAGACGGAGCCGUGAUUCUUGCCCCUCCCAUUGAAGUCACAAGGUCCGAUGAAGUUUCAGCGGAGGGCAUCGGGUCUGCCAGUUCUGUGCUUCUCAACGUUGUCCCCGACCGCAGAUCUGUUAUCAUUCGUCGUGACGAUGGCUUCGAGAAAAGGUCGCUCCUGAGGUGUGGGAGAUGCAAAUCGGUUAUCGGGUACCAUCUUGACGAGGCGCAUUUUGAGAAUUCUGAGGACCAUCCAAGACCAGUGUAUUUGCUUCCCGGCGGGUUGAUCAGUACUUCGGACAUGGCCAAAGGAGUCAGCGCAGAGAUGCCCACUUGGGCGCAAAAGGAGGGAUGA